AGGAUGUGCUUGGCAAAGAUGGCGGUCGACUGCCAGCCUCACUGCCCUACACAUUAGUGAAAAUUCAUAAUUAUUCUUUCCGCAGAUUGAGAUUCAGUUCUCAACAAUACACGAGUGAGUGUGUGUGUUUGGAGAGGAGUGUUGAAGAGGUCAUGCAGCCCCCUCCUCGCAAAACCCCUCCAAAUGCAGUUGGAGGGCCUCCACCCACGUCCGGGCCCAAUGCCUUCCGGAGGACCCGCCCCCACAAGCAUGGGGCUGCUGCUGCUGCUGCUGCCUCCAUGGCAACGGCACCACCUACCCAACCAAUGACUGACCCGUUUGCCUUUGGGAGACAAGCCAUGCCUCCUCCCAUGGCCAGUAAUACUCCACCUCCCAGCAGCAACCACCUUCCAAUGCAGCCCCCAAAUGCAGCAGCAGCCUUUACCCAGAAUUCCCUGCUGCUGCAGUCUGCUCCCCCUUCCGCCUCGGGCGUGAGCGUGUUCACCCCGCAGCCGCCCCCCACUGAGCAAGCCUACUUCAACUCCCGAGAGCCUCCCGCCUAUGUAUCCCACAAUUCCCCUCCAGAUCCUCCCCAGGCGGCAUCGCCCCCCGCGCAAAGUGGGCCGUUUCAGCCGCAGGCCUCCCAGCCUUCGCCCUGGAUGUAUGACCACGGCAGCCGUCCUCCGUCUGUACAGAACUACUUCCAGCCGACCAGUGACCACUCGCAGCCUUUCCCACCGCCUCCCCCCGGCCCCUCGCCACACAUGCAUCAGCAGAACAUGGGCCUGCCUGGACACUUUCCCUCGCAGCACUACAACGCGGCGUCUUUCGAGGCCCAGGGCUAUUUAAGCCAACCCCUGCCCCAGGCGGAGGCCGUGCCCUACAGCCAGCCCACGGAGGCCGGAACCCUGGGCAUGUUCUUCCGCAGCAACGACGUGGAGAACAUCGAGACGCCGUCCGGAGACGCGCAGGUCAACGGGGUCUCUCACCUCCCACACGCUCCGGAGCCGGUCCAGCCCGUGGCCGCCGCCGGCGCGACAGGAGGCGCCCAGUUCGACACCGUGGAGAACUUGGAGUGCGUCCCGAACUUGGAGGUGCUUCCGAACGAGCCGGCGCCGCACCCGUACGAGACCGGCCCCAACCUGGAGACCCCGGAUCAGGUCCCGCGGCCUGCACGCUCCGCCAGCGUCUCGUCAUGCCACAGCAACGUCAGCCACCACAGCGGCCGUCAACAGAGUGGCGUCAUGGGCACCUUCAUCCAGCAGGAGAGCGCCCGGCCCCCGGAUCCCGGGGCAUCGCCCUCGGCCGGGUAUUUCGAGCAGAUCGACUCGGCCCCCUCCGCUGAGGCGUGCGCCUUCCCCACCCCAAGCCCGCCCAAGCCGGUGGGAGUGUUCCAGUCGAGCGCCAACUCCUCGUUCGAGCCCGUGCGCUCGCACUCGACACACCCGGUGGCCCAGAUGCAGCCGGUGGCCGACCGCGCGCGCGUGGUGAUGGAGAGGUCGGACAGCAUCCCCGCCGCCGCCGCCGCCCCCGGCGACAUGCUGCCCGGCAACCUCGAGCAGCCGCCGGACGACCAGGAGACCCAGUUCCUGCCCGGGAGUGUGGCCAUGGCCGGGGAGCGCGGCCCGCCGGGGCUGAACAGACCGGCGCCGCGACGCCUGUGCGACAGUCCCGCCACCACGCUCUGGGCGCCCAACAACUCGGCCAGCCUCAGCGGGAACAUCCUGCUGGCCCCCGCCGCGCCUCCCCUGGCCGUCUCGUUGGUCACUGCCGCGCCCGCCGAGGUCAUCCAGCCCCCCGAGGACGGCCCGCUGGACCUGCAGCCCGCCAACCGGCAGCCGGCGCUGCUGCCACCUCCGCCUUCGGAGAACAUGGAGAACCCGCCGGAUCACGGCCUGCUGAGCCCCGGCCUGCUGAGCCCCGGCCCCCAGGCAAGUCUGGGCUACGCCUCGCUGCUGGUGUCCACUCCCCCCGCCGAGGCGCUCAACCAAUCCGUGCUGAUCGCGCCGCCCUCCUCCAAUUACAGCGUGAUUGCCCCUCCGCAGGGCCUGGCCUACGCCGCUCACCCCAACAGCUUCGCGGAGAUGCCUCUGCUGGCGCGCCCGCCAUCUCUGGCCAAUCCGCAGUCGCCUCUCGCCGCCAAUCAGCUGCCGAUUUUCCCCCAAGCUUCCAGAAGCUUCACCCCUAAUCAGAGUCCGCUCAACUUGGCGCCAGAGACCAAGGAAGCCGCCAAGCCCCUCCCUCUGGUCACCAGCAGCCAGUCACUGCGAGGGGACAGUCAGUCCACGCCGCCUGUUAAUUCCCAAGCUUUACCUUCUUCCUCUGCAGCCAAUCAGAAUCAACCUUCAAAUUACGAGCUACUUGAUUUCUCUAUGCACCAAUCGCUAAGCUCCAAUCAGGCGCCGACUCCGCCUCAGCCGCAGCUGGCCAAUCCAGCAGCACAGGUGGGUAACGCCCCCGGUUCCGGUUUCUACCUGCAGGUUACCAAAGACGCCCAGCAGGGCGCGCAGGGGGAGGGCGAUGGCGGCGGCGUGUCUGAGUGUGGUGCCCGGCCACCCAGCGUGCCCAUGGCUGUCGCCCAGCCGGCGCCCUCGCUGCCAGCAGCAGCAGCUGCCGCACAGCAGCCUCCACUGCCACGGACAUCCUCCGCCACAGCCAUGCCCUCAGCAGUGCCUGCAGGGGUGCCCGCGGCUGUGCCCACGCCUACCCCUCCUCCAGCCCUGGCUAUGCCUCCUCCAGCUAUGCCGCCUCCGGCCAUGCCUCCACCGGCUGCCCCUCCAGGAGGCGCUGCUCCCCUGCCCCAGCCUCAGCCCCCACCCCACGGCGACCCCGCGCGUCCCCCGUCGGUGGCAGGUGGCGUCCCUCCCUACGGGCCACCCCAUCCUCAGGGUCCACCCAUGCCACCCGGCCAAGGAGGAUACUACAGCGCGGGCUACCCAGAGUACUACGACGGCAGAGGGCAGUACCCUGCGCAGGCCUAUCCGGCGCACGACCCCAGAGCCCAGCCAUAUCAACAGGAUGACCCAUAUCGCAGAGCUGACCCACGUUACGCCCGCUAUGAGGCCGAGCGGCAACAACCCGAGAGACCCAGCUCCCGCUCCAGUCAGUACUCCGAGAGGUCCCACUCCAGUAGACAGGGCUAUGAAGACUACCAGGCCCCUCCUGCUCCUCCUCCUCCCAGGAACGCCCAAGAUGAAUACUAUGCCGAGUACUACAAGAAGCAGCAGUAUGACUAUGAACGGAGUCGUUGGUAUGAUCCAAAUGCUGCCUAUGACCCUCGCUACCGAGGAUACUAUGAUCAGGCAUCCUACAACUGGUACAAUUACAACCAAGAGGCCUAUCGCAGGGGAGAAAACUACUACAACUAUGGUCAACAGUACCUGAACAGCAGUACCAGUAGACGUGAGGGCUUUGACGACCCGUGGCGUUACUACCCGGGCUAUGACACAAGCUUCGAGGAAGACUACCGGCGGCAGCGCGACCCCUACGGCGACGAGUUUGACCGGCGGAGCGUCGGCAGCGAGCGGUCCUCGCACAGUGUCCACUCGCACAGCUCGCGCACACAGAGCCGCAGAAACAGCUUCAGCUCACACUCACAGCAGAGUCAGGUGUACAGGAGCCAGCCUGACCUGGUUGCAGCUACUUAUGACCCCAGCAUGUCUGGCCUGCCUCUGGAUUACUCCAGCUACAGUCAGUAUCCCACACAGCAGGACACGCAGCAGUACACCGACACCAACAGCUGGCCCGCCAUUGAGCAACCACCCCCACGGCCCCUGACACCAGAGAAGUACUCGGUUCCCCACCGCUGUGCGCGGUUUGGUGCUGCCGGUCAACUGAUCAUAGUCCAGCCCAACAUGCCUUCGGCUGGGCAGCCGGCCCUCAUUGAAGUGCACAACAUGGAGACGCUGAUGCAGGAUUCUCCGGAGCAGACAGAGCUACGUGCAUUCCCCGGACCUCUCAUCAAGGAGGAGACGCAUAAAGUGGACGUUAUCAAGUUUGCCCAAAAUAAGGGCAUGGAGUGCAUGCGCAGCGAUGACCUUAUCGACAAGUAUUCUGCCUGCCUUAUAUGGGAGUUCAUCAUGUUGAUGUGCCGUCAAAAUGGGACCGUUGUGGGCACAGACAUCGCCGACCUCCUGCUUCGCGAGCACCGCUCGGUGUGGCUGCCCGGCAAGUCUCCCAACGAGGCCAACCUGAUCGACUUCACCAACGAGGCCCUGGAGCAGCCCGAGGAGGCGGAGCAGGGCGCGCUCUCCCUCAUCUCCGACACCUUCAUGAGCGUGCCCGAGAACAUCGGCAAGGAGACGGAGCGCUUCCGCGAGCUGCUGCUGUUCGGACGCAAAAAGGAUGCUCUGGAGUCAGCCAUGAAAAAUGGUUUGUGGGGUCACGCUUUGCUAUUGGCCAGUAAGAUGGACAGCAGGACUCACGCCAGAGUCAUGACCAGGUUUGCCAACAGUUUACCCAUCAAUGACCCACUUCAGACUGUUUACCAGCUCAUGUCUGGGAGGAUGCCAGCCGCUGCUACAUGUUGCGGCGAUGAGAAGUGGGGCGACUGGCGCCCCCACUUGGCCAUGGUGCUGUCCAACCUCACCCACACGGUGGACCUGGACAUGCGCACCAUCGCCACCAUGGGCGACACCCUGGCCUCCAAGGGACUGGUGGACGCGGCCCACUUCUGCUACCUGAUGGCUCAGGUGGGGCUGGGAGUGUUCACUAAGAAGAGCACCAAGAUGGUGUUGAUUGGCUCCAACCACGGCUUGCCGUUUGUGAAGUUCUGCUCGUCCGAGGCCAUCCAGCGCACGGAGGCGUACGAAUAUGCCCAGUCCCUGGGCUCCCAGCCACUCUGCCUGCCCAACUUCCAGGUGUUCAAGUUCAUCUACGCGUGUCGCCUUGCCGAGUCUGGGCUGUGUGCCCAGGCUUUCCAUUACUGCGAGGUCAUCAGCCGAUCUCUGCUGACACAGUCACACUACCACUCGGUGGAGUUCGUCGGCCAGCUCAUAGAGAUGUCAGCUCGGUUGCGGUUCUAUGACCCCCAGCUGAAGGAGAAGCCCGAGCAGGAGCUCUUCCUGGAGCCCGACUGGCUGCUGCACCUGCGGCAGCUGGACAGACAGAUCCAGGGAGGGGAGAUCACGUUCAGAGACCGCGGGACGCCCCAGCUGUACCCCUGCUCCUCCCCCAGCUCUGAGGAGCCCCCCACCCCGCCCAACGCCUCCACCCACACCCCCGACUCCUCCAACCCGCUCAUGGCCACGCUCAUGCCCGGGGCUCCACUGCCUGCUGUCCAGCUCAUGCCGCCAGCGCCACCCACCAUUCUGCAGGACGGUGCGCCCCCUGCAGCCCAGAGCCCAGACGCUGGCGGCUUCUACCCGACCGUGCCCACGCCAGCCGUGCCCAUGUUCUACCAGCCAGACAGCAACUCGCCACACACUGGACCCCCACUAACAAACUCUGAGCAGAUGACUCCUCAGAUACCCGGUCAAGUACCUGGUCAAAUGGCCCCUCCUAUGCCAGGGCAAAUGCCAGGGCAGAUGCCAGGCCAAAUGCCAGGCCAAAUGCCAGGGCAGAUGCCAGGGCAGAUGCCAGGCCAAAUGCCAGGCCAAAUGCCAGGCCAAAUGCCAGGACAGAUGCCAGGACAGAUGCCAGGCCAAAUGCCAGGACAACAUCCCCCUCAGAUGCCCGGGCAGAUGCCGCCUCAAAUGCUGGGGCAAAUGCAGGGGCAGAUGUCUCAGCCUAUGCCCGGGCAAAUGCCAGGAUACAUGCCACCUCCUAUGCCUGGGCAAAUGCCAGGGCAAAUGUCUCAUCCCAUGCCUGGUCAGAUGCCUCCGCAGAUGCCUGGAGGAGAUGGGCCUGCGCCACCCUCUCCUCAGAUGCCUCCCACUCAGCCUCCCCAGAUGGACUUCUUCGACCACAUGGCUCACCUGGGCACGGGCAGGAGAUCCAGGACCACCUCGCAGUCUUCUAUGCAUAUGGGACCAGGCCGUCGUUCGCGGACAACGUCCGAGUCGUCCACCCACUCAACCGGACGCGAGCGAAGCAGCUCCCUGGUUAAUCAGGGCUCUCCACCUCCACCCCCCAUCCCAGAGGCGCCGUCCGCACAGGAAGUCUCUAAGAAAAGCAAGAAAGAGUCACCAAAAAAGGGCGGUGGAUGGUUCACUUGGCUUUACUCAAAGAAGAAUGAAGCUCACCUCCCUGACGACAAACAUAAAUCUAUCGUCUGGGACGAGAAAAAGCAGAAAUGGGUGAAUCAGGAUGAACCAGAGGAGGAGUAUAAGCCCCCUCCUCCACCCCCAUCCUUCCCCAAGAUGGCUCCAACCGCAGGGCCCGGUCCUGGUUUUGGUCCUGGUCCCGGUGCUGGACCGGGCUCUGGGCCACCGGUCAACAUGUUCUCCAGGAGAGCUGGCACCAAGAGCCGCUAUGUGGAUGUGUUGAACCCGGGCAGAGGGGGUGGUGGUGGUGCGCCUGCGCCCAUGCCUGCUCCUAUGCCGGCUGACCUUUUUGCUCCUCUUGCCCCUAUGCCCAUACCACCCAACCUAUUUACCCCGAACGCAGCUGAUGAACCACAGCCAGCAGAGGGGAACACAGCUGAUGGUGUGAACCAGAGUCAGCCUCAGAUGUUUAAUCCCACUCUGCUGCCUCAGUGCCCAGAGGGAUCUCAGUCAGGCGAGCUGUCCAGAUCUAGUUCAAUGAGUUCUUUAUCACGUGAAGUGAGUCAGCACUUAAAUCAGCAGGCCCCACCGGCUGGAGGCGUAACCUUCUAUAACCCCGCCCAAUUUGCACAGGCGCCUCCAGCGGCCACGCGCGUCGGGGGACGACUGGGUGGACAGAGAGAGUAUCCCACCCUCAAGUGACCGCUGCUGUUCCUCACAAGGGCUUCGUAACGCUGCGAAUUCAUUCAUUCAUCCAUUCAUUUUAAACCUUAAUCAUCAAUUCAUGCCUUCCCCUCCCCAAUACUCAUGUCCUGCUCAUCAGUGUCUGCUUUGAUUUAAUUUUUUUUUUUUUUUUUUGUCUGGAGCCAUGAAUGUGUGUGUGUGUGUGUAAGUGAGUGAACGAGUGAGUAGAGAGCCUGCUAGUCAGGAUUUUGUUAUGUGCAAUAAUGAUCACUAGUAGACUGCAUUCUUCGAUUUUGUUUUUUCCCCCCUCUCUUUCUGUUCUGUCUGGCCAUUUCAGGUGUGUGAGAGUGUGUGUUAAGUAUGUGGUGGGUGAAGACAGCAAGGGCUAAUCUCAGCUCCUGCUGUGCUUACAUUGUUGGGAGUGUUAAUCUCUUUUUACAUAUUUAUAAAACGUUUUGUCCCUGGGAGAAAGCCUUGCCAUGUCUUUCUCGCCCAAUCACAACAGUCAAAAAAAGACUUCCAUCUCAUCCAGAAGAUUGUCUCAUCUUCCCAUGAACUUUCUCUAAUCACCUCAUCACUGCUCUUUUUAUUUUAUUUUAUUUUAUUUUGUUGAUUGUGAUUUUUUGUGUGUUUGGUGUCUCAACUCCUCUCAUCCCUGUAUUUCAGUAGAGAUGGAUUGUGGUAUUCCAUAAACCCAAAGUAUCGCUGUGUUUGAAGGAACAGGAGAUCAACUUUCUUAGAUGUUUAGAAUUGACUGUAAAAUUAUUGACAAAUGUAAAAGAAAGUGAUAAUAAAGAUAUUUUUGCUCUUUAGUACUUUGAAAA